AUGGCUUUACCAUCUCCUGGAGCUUUGGAGUCUCUUGGGAAUGUGGUGCCUCCUGUGGCUUUGCCAUCUCCCUUAGAUGUAUCAUUUCCCGCGGACGUGUCUUCUCUCCCAGCAGACCUCCCACCACUAGCCACGGCCCAAGAUGCUAACGCUGGGCUCCCCGGAUCCACCCCUUCUCCAGCCACAGUCCCAAAAGCAGCCAUCGAACAGCCCGUCGACACUCUCGGUGGCCGCGUCUACAUGACCAACGUCACGCUCGCCGGCCACCCCUACACCCUCAUCCUCGACACUGGAUCCUCGGACACAUGGAUCGCUGCGUCAGGCUUCACGUGCACCAGCCGCCUCUCCCACGCACGCCUGCCCCAGGAAAGCUGCGGGUUCGGAGAACUGUACGAUGUCGUGGACAGCACGACGUACAAUCCGAUCCCCGGCCGCGUGUUUGGCGUCAAGUACAGCGACGGCGAGUACCUGAUGGGGGAGAUGGGCGUCGAAGAGCUGCGCAUGGGCGACGUCGACGGGAGCAAGGGCGGGCUGACGGUGCGGCAGACGAUUGGGGUCGUGGAGCGCGGGUGGUGGAUGGGCGAUGGUCGGAGCAGUGGGCUGAUGGGGCUGGCGUUUCCGACGCUGGCUUCCAACUACCACGAUCUAAACUACACGACUGUGGUGGGCUCGCUCUUCGAAACGCAUCAAGUCCCACCCCUCUUCUCCCUCGCGCUCUCCCGCCCCACACCCCAAUCCCCCACUGCCGGGGGCCUCCUCGCCAUCGGCGGCAUCCCCGACGUGCCUUACACCCCGCCCUUCGUCCGCGUGCCCAUCACCCCCGUCUUGGCGCACACCUACGCCUUCUACACCAUCCCCGUCGACGGCUUCGCCAUCACGCCGCCGUCGGGCCCCGCUACCGUGCCGGUUGCAAACAUGACUUCGAGCACGGUGUCAGGCACCAGCCAAAGAGCCCACAGGCAGGACGGAGCAGCACCCCUCCAAAUGAUCCUCGACUCGGGCUCCACCCUGCUCUACCUCCCCGACGCCACCGCCGACUACCUCGCCUCCCUCUUCUCCCCGCCCGCACGCUACGUCCCUUCUUCCAACACGUACAUCACGUCCUGCAGAGCGCAGCAGCCGCGCUUCGGCGUCGUCAUCGGCGGCACGACGUUCUAUAUUAACCCGGAGGAUAUGUUGACGAGGGAGGGGCGGGGGCGGUGCAGCCUUGCGGUGCAGAGGAUGGAAGAGGGCGACGCGGUGCUGGGGGAUGCGUGGAUGAAGAAUGUGCUGGUUGUUUUUGAUCUGAGGCCCGAGGGUGAGGGGAUGGGGGUUUGGAUUGCGGCGAGGGAGGUGUAUUAG